AUGACAGUCUAUCAUAAUAUUGUUCACUAUGAAGAAUGUAUUGUUCCUCUUCUACAACGUUUAUCAAAUGUUGAAUAUUUAACAUUAUUAUUAGCUAUUGAUGUAGCAAGAACUAGACUCAAUCAUUUUGUUGAUGGAUUUCAUUUAGAAAAAGACAUUGCUUCAUACAUGCCUAAUUUACACAUUGACACAAUUCGUCAAAGUUUUAUGAAACAUCAACAACAAUCUAUUGAUUGUGCAGUCGACUAUUUCAAUAAUAACUAUGGUCAAUGUCAAAUCUAUUCGCUUCCAUUUAUUGGCAAUCGUCUUGACUUUAUUUCAAAUCGAUUUCCACUCUUCGAUAUUAAUAACACGUUCUCAAUGGUUACGAUGUUAUUACUUUUUGAUGAUGUCAAACCGUUUGAAAAUCUUUUCUUUGCACGUAUUGCUCGAGCUCUACCUUAUCUUAGAACACUCAAAGUAUUCAAUGAACUUAAACAACAAGAGAAAAUAACAGUGACAACAAAUAAUCUUGAGUUUGCUCAUUUAACUACACUGACUCUAUUCGACAUUCAUAUGGAUUAUGCUGAACAAUUUCUUUAUCGAACUUAUCUUCCUUGUCUAAUCGAACUGGCUAUUGAUAAGGAUAUAUUGUUAGCAAUAAUCGCUCAAGACCAACAACAAGCAAGAGACAAUUGUUCGAAAGUGGAACGUGUAGUAACUUCUGAGAAAUUCGAUGAUUCACUAGAUGCUGUUCGAAACUUUUUUCCGCUAGCUUUCUUUUGA